GAAGUAGAUUUCGGAACGCACCUCUUGCAGGCUAGCACUUGUCAGCAGUCUCAGGUGCUCAGCAGCGAACGUCUGGCAGUGUAGCGUGACGUAACAGCUCCUGUUUGAUUCUCGACUGUUCAGUAGCCAUUUUGUUUUCAUCGAAGGGCCGAAACAGCAAACUUACCGCUCUACAAUGCCUGAGGCUAUCUUAACUGCUGACAAAUUGCAAACUGCGCCAUUCGAUCCGAGAUUUCCCAAUCAGAAUCAAACCAGACACUGCUGGCACAGCUUUGUGGACUUCCAUCGCUGCCAGAAAGCUCGCGGUGAAGAUUAUGAACCCUGCCAGUAUUUCAAAAAAGUUUAUACUUCACUGUGUCCCAACGCAUGGAUCGAGAAAUGGAACGAUCAACUUGAAGCAGGCACAUUUGCUGGGCGCAUAUAAAAUGGGUAGAAACACGUGUAUAUAUCUUCGCCCCACUUUAGUGAAUUCUUAAUUAUAGAAUAUGUCCUGUUCACAUGACAGGAUGACAAAGUACGUGCUAUUCCUGAUCUUUGUAACAUAUUAUCGAUGAUAAUAAUAAUAAUAAAUUAAAAUCCAUCACCGAA